CAGCUGGCAAUUAAUUAUUGGGUCAACCUACAGGGACAUGGGGUGUCUCAUCCUGCGAAAGGGAUUUUACAGGCAUGCUGGGAACAUGAGCGAAGACAGAAUACAAGUUUUGGGUGGGUGGGUAAAACCCAGGCGAAGGAGAUGGGACUGUAUGGAAGGGAGUUUAGUCCAACGGUAGCUCUUCCUGUAAAUCCACCGUGGCUACUCCCGCCUACAGCAGUUGAUCUAGAAGUAUUGGAGAGACUACAGAAAGAUAGGGAGGGUGUUGAUCCAUCUGAAUUGUUUAAGAGAUGUCUGGAUACUGUGUUUCAGGAUUUUGUGGCCAUUUACACAGAUGGUUUGAAAGAUCCAAGGACAGGACGUACUGGGUCAGCAUUUGUAGAGCAGGAAUGUGGGGUGUCAGUCAGGAAACGUAUUACAGAUGAUCUGUCUGUAUAUACAGCUUAGAUGAUGGCCAUACUAUUGGCCUUACAGUGGGUGGAGGAAGUCAAGCCAGACAGAGAAGUUAUUUGCUCUGAUUCAUGUGCAGUGUUAAUGAGUCUCCAGUCCUUUAGGUCAUGUGGCAGACAAGACCUGCUUUAUGAGGUGCUACAAAUCCAUGGUAGGAUUAGACAGAUGGGUAUACAGAUAAGAUUUACAUGGGUCCCAGCACAUGUGAUGGUGGAGGGGAAUGAGACUGUUGAUGUACUGACUCAACAAGCACAUAGUAGGUGGGUUGUUGAUGUUGUAGCUUCAAUGAACAAGGUAGAGGCAAAAAGCCGAUAUGGACAGUAAUGAUGCAGAGACGGCAGGAGCAGUGGAAUAGAGAUACUAAGGGUGGGCAUUUACUUCAAGUACAGAGGAAAGUCGCGGAGGUGAGGACGGCAGGAAGGAACAGAAGAAAGGAGGCUAUUUUUUUCAAGAUUAAGGGUGGGACACAGCCGGUUGAAUAAAACGUUAAAUGUGAUAGGAAAGCAUCCAACAGGAAAGUGUGAUUAUUACCAGGAAACAGAGACCAUGGAGCAUGUACUACAGUGUGGGCAGUAUCAGAGGGGGAAAAAGAGUCUGAGCUAGUAUGAGGGAGAAGGGAAUACAUUAAAUUAAUUUAAAUAGUAUAUUGAGUAGAACAUCAUUAGAUAUAGUCUCAAAUAUUUUUGUUAGAUUUUUUAAGAGCAACGGGGCUGACAGGUAGAAUUUAGUUUCUCCCUGUCUUUGGCCAAAACUCUAGUACAGUAGGUGGCGGUAAUGCAGCAUAACGUUGGAUGACAACUGCCGAUAAACCCCACCGAAGAAGAAGAAGACCAAAUUGAUAACAUACCCGUUGCUGAUCAGAUGGAAUAUCUUUGAUUUCACAGUAGUACACACUGAUGUUUGCCAAUAAUGAACAAAUAAGGGUGGUUGAUGACUAACCCAUGAGAUCUUUCAGUGAUCACAGGGUCACUCAACUCUGUGAGACCUUCAACAGACAAUCCAUCUACUCACACAAACCAACAUGACCUCCGAGCAGGCCAGCACCCUGCCUGCAUUCAAGGGCCCCGGCGACCCCAGUCCGGGCUACUUCUCCUGGGGUCUUCGCUUCCAGGUCAUCGGCCUGGGCUUUGCCUUCUACACCGCUGUGUUCGUCCUCUCCCACCUGGUGUCCAUGGCUCUCUCCCAGACCUACCGCUCUCUGCUGGCUAAGGAGAAGGUGUUCUGGAACCUAGCGGCCACACGGGCCGCGUUCGGCCUCCAGAGCACGGUGGCGGGCCUACGGGCGCUGACCGAGGAGUCGGCCGUGUCCAGGGACAGGGUCAGAGGUCAGGAGGACUGGUCUUGGUUCACUGUGCUCACAGCCACAGGCUUCUUUCUGUUUGAGAAUGUGGCGCUGCAUGCCUCCAGUGUGGUGUUCAGGGCUUUCGACCUUCCCCUGGCCGCCCAUCAUUUCUUUGCCCUGUCAGGGUUUGCUGGGGCGGUGGUCUGGGACUCACUAGGACAUUACCUGCCCAUGGUCACUCUACUACUGGAGAUGAGCACACCCUUCACCUGCAUCUCCUGGAUGUUACUAAAGGCUGGCUGGGCGAGGACCCUCUUCUGGAAGGCCAACCAGUGGGUGAUGAUCCACAUGUUCCACUGCCGCAUGGUGCUCACGUACUACAUGUGGUGGGUGAGCUGGAGUCACUGGGGGGAGAUGAACAUGUACGUGGCUCUGCCCCAGCGUAUCCUCUUCUACACCGGCCUGGCCCUGCUCACAGUGAUCAUCAACCCCAUCUGGACGCACAAGAAGACCAUGCAGCUCCUCAACCCUGUCGACUGGAACUUCAGCAAUAAGCCGACGCCCAAUGGCCCCAGUAGGGAGCAGAAGGGGAGAACUCAUGAGAGAUAAACAAGCCAAGAACUGUGAACCUGUUUGGAGAGUUAUGGGGCUCUUUUACUAUACUUUUAAAGGAGAGGAAGGGUGACUAAUUUCUCACAAACUCUUCAGCUUUUAGUGCUUGAGAUGUUUUGAAGAGUUCAAGUUGAACUAAACUACUGUUUUUUUAAAGGUUCUCAGUAAAGGUUUGAGGUCUGCUGUGUCUCUACAAGAUGUGGAUGAAAGGACCUCUUGCUCUUGGACUUUAGAACCUAGCUGGGUUCUGAAAGGAGAUGUCACUGACGACAAGAAAUCAUCUCACAGUAUUAUUGUCUUUGGUUAUAAUUCGCUGUUUUGGUUAGUGUUUUAUUACGAAGGAGUGCAGAUGAACAGGGAGAAAGGUAUAUUAUUGUUCUGUUUACUUUGUUCAGCUUCCAGCAUGAAGGUGUGAAUGUGUUAGUUAACCUCUCUGGAAUGGGGUGUUGGCUGGUUUGAAGUACCCUGAGGCACCAGUGGUGUUUGCACUUAUAGGCACAGUGUGUAGUCACUCAAUCUCUGUGCUGAGUACAGACAGGUCCAUGAGGCAGCAGAUUUACUGGCUGAGAACAAACCCAGUGACAGACUGGAGACUGGGUCAUUGAAUCCGGCAGAUCGCACGUCAUUGGAAGGCAAGAAACUUUUUUCUGUAUCGUACAAAACACUUCCUGACUUACAUUGCAGUCUAAUCUCAAGCAUGCCGGUAGUGUUGCAUGCUCCAAUGGAAUCUUUAUCAAUUCAUCUCAUCAUGUAGAAAUGGUUCCUGUGCUCUGUGGCUGUCAGUGUAGUAUCUUUGAAAGUGGGGUUGACUUGACGCACGUAGACUGUAAUACUAAGGCAGUGGAUGGACGCUAAGGGAGCUACCAGAAGCAUUACUGUUUUCAGGAGCAACUGUAGGGAGUAGUCUAAUAACAAGCACCACCGUGCCAAACAGACGGUCAUGUUGCUUCGCUUUGUAACUAGUCUCUACCACUGAUCUGCCUGAAAAUGAAGUUAGGGUUUAGUACUUUAUGGGUAAUCUUUUUAGUCUCCUUUAUGUUACCUAUCUCAUUGGACCUUCUGUAUGCCUGCAAAUUAGUCUUUAGUGGACAAUUAAAUCAGGUUCAUUUAAGAGUCAUGUGAGACGUGUGAGACGGAGUGAGUGUGAGACGUGUGAGACUGAGUGAGUGUGAGACAUGUGACGGAGUGAGUGUGAGACGUGUGAGACGGAGUGAGUGUGAGACGGAGUGAGUGUGAGACGUGUGAGACGGAGUGAGUGUGAGACGUGUGAGACGGAGUGAGUGUGAGACGUGUGAGACGUGAGUGUGAGACGUGUGAGACGGAGUGAGUGUGAGACGUGUGAGACGGAGUGAGUGUGAGAUGUGUGAGACGGAGUGAGUGAGUUUGAACCCUUAUCCUGGUCAUUUGUGUACAAAUGUGUAUUUCAUGAAUAUUCUCAUGGAAAACUCAGUCCUGCAGUCUAGCAUUGAGUUCUUUGGAGUAAACUCACCCACAUUGAGCUGCUUCCAGACCGCCCUACUUAUCUCACAAAGGCUCUUUUGUUUAAAAGUAUAUAUUUUUUUACAAAUCGGUAUUACGUUAGUCACAGAUCCUAGAACUAAGGCCCCCUAUAGGUUGUAAAUGAUAAGGUAUGACAAGCAAUUCACAUGGGAAAACCUCAACAACAUCCAUGACAUUAUUUGAAGUCUUAAUAGCUGACGUAAGAGACUGACAGCCAAGACGGUAAAGCCCACACUGAGAAAAAGGGGCCAUAGGUAUUUAUUUUAUAUAUUUUUACAAAAUAUUAUUCAAAUUGAUGCAGGACUGAGGGCCUUUUAUAAACAUAAUUAAUCUUAACUUUACUAGUUUGCCUAAUAUUUUGAAUUCAGGAUUUAUUAUUACCGUUAUGAAUGAAGUCAAAUCAAAUGUAAUUAUAUAGCCCUUCGUACAUCAGUUGAUAACUCAAAGUGCUGUACAGAAACCCAGCCUAAAACCCCAAACAGCAAGCAAUGCAGGUGUAGAAGCACGGUGGCUAGGAAAAAUUCCCUAGAAAGGCCAAAACCUAGGAAGAAACCUAGAGAGGAACCAGGCUAUGUGGGGUGGCCAGUCCUCUUCUGGCUGUGCCGGGUGGAGAUUAUAACAGAACAUUGCCAAGAUGUUCAAAUGUUCAUAAAUGACCAGCAUGGUCAAAUAAUAAUAAUCACAGGCCGAACAGUUGAAACUGGAGCAGCAGCACAGCCAGGUGGACUGGGGACAGCAAGGAGUCAUCAUGUCAGGUAGUCCUGAGGCAUGGUCCUAGGGCUCAGGUCCUCCGAGAGAGAGAAAGAAGGAGAGAAUUAGAGAGAGCAUACUUAAAUUCACACAGGACACCGGAUAGGACAGGAGAAGUACUCCAGAUAUAACAAACUGACCCUAGCCCCCCGACACAAACUACUGCAGCAUAAAUACUGGAGGCUGAGACAGAAGGGGUCAGGAGACACUGUGGCCCCAUCCGAUCACACCCCCGGACAGGGCCAAAAAGGAAGGAUAUAACCCCGCUCACUUUGUCAAAGCACAGCCCCCACACCACUAGAGGGAUCUUCAACCACCAACUUACCAUCCUGAGACAAGGCCGAGUAUAGCCCACAAAGAUCUCCGCCCACGGCACAACCCAAGGGGUCUUGUUGUUCGGCCAAAACGUUUGACAGUGGCACUCAUGACACCAUGGUGAUAUGUGGCAUUGGUCCUCCUUAAUGGGAAGAUUACUUGACUUAUCAAGGGUGACAAGUCAUUGUGGCACAGUUCCAUUUGUUUCACUAGUUCUUUCCUCUAGCCUAUGACCUAGACCUUCGGUGUUCUUUAUGGUUUCUAGACCUGACGCAAAUAUGUAUUAUGUUUUUCCAUCCAAUUCCUUUCAACUUCAAUUUAAACUAUUAAAACUUUUCUGAACUUAAA